AUGCAAUUCACUUUGAAAUUGGCAUUUAUUUUAGCAUAUUUGCAUGAGACAUUGUCUUAAACAUGCAGAGUAAGCAUUAUUAUAUGGUUAGACUUAAAAUACAGAAUACAAUUUGUUGACGNAAACUUCUGUUUAUGAAGCAGUUAUUGAAAAAGAAAAUUAAACUAUUAUUAUAGAAUGA